AUUUGACCCGCCUACUAAAGAAGAACCAGGAAAUACACAUGACAUUUUUGUUAGGCGGUGGAGAGAAAGUCUUCUGGAAACAUUUUAUUUAAUUUUUUUGUUGUAGCACUCGACUGUUUUUCUUACCAUGGCUUCGCUGUUCAAGAAGAAGACGGUAGAUGAUGUCAUUAAAGAGCAGAACAAAGAGUUGAGGGGAACUCAGAGACAGAUCACGCGAGACCGAGCGGCACUGGAGAAACAGGAAAAGCAGCUGGAGUUGGAGAUAAAGAAGAUGGCCAAGACAGGUAAUAAGGAGGCCUGUAAAAUCCUGGCCAAACAGCUGGUGCAGCUGAGGAAACAGAAGACCCGAACAUACGCCGUCAGCUCUAAAGUUACCUCCAUGUCCACCCAGACCAAACUCAUGCACUCUCAGAUGAAGAUGGCAGGGGCCAUGAGCACCACCACUAAAACGAUGCAGGCAGUCAAUAAGAAGAUGGAUCCUCAGAAAACUUUGCAGACCAUGCAGAACUUUCAGAAGGAGACAGCCAAGAUGGAGAUGACUGAAGAAAUGAUUAAUGACACACUGGACGAGAUCUUUGAGGACUCUGGCGAUGAGGAAGAAUCUCAGGACAUUGUGAACCAGGUGCUGGAUGAGAUCGGCAUUGAAAUCUCAGGAAAGAUGGCCCACGCUCCUUCAGCCAGCAGAAACAACCCCACCGCCUCCACCUCCAAAGCAGAUGGGAUAUCAGAUGAGGAGAUAGAGAGACAGCUAAGAGCUCUCGGAGUGGACUAAUUCUCAUACACGCAGACGCACGCAUCUCCAUAUUGCCUGGCGACAAACAUGCAGUGCUACAUCCUCAAGUACACGGAGCACACACUACUGGACACUUGACGUUUGCAGUCACAUACACACGCCUACUCGGGGAUAAAAUGCCACUGCAGGCAAAGUUAAUCCCAUUUUCAUUUUCACAGAGGGCUCCUCAUGACAUUUUUUGGUUAAAAAUGAAAAAAAAUGACCCUUUUUUUUAGUAAUGCGGCUAAAAUAUACUGUUCUAUGCAAAAGUUAGAGGCCGUCAUCCUUCAUUUAUUCAGUUUUCAGUUGAAAUGGCCAUUUAGUAAAAGUUGUUCAGUUUUCAGCAUCAGGAAAAAAAAAGAAAACAUCAGCAGGGAUAUUUUUCCCCUCUUCCGAAGUUCGGUUUUAGAGGUUGGUUGCAUUUUCUGCUCAUCACAAUAGAAGUAAUCCAAAACCCAAUCCUUUCAGACUAAUAAUAUUGAGUGGUCUUUUCACAGUGUAAGGAAAGACAGACACAUCAGGUCUUGCAUUAUUGUUUGGAGUCUCAUUAUAUCUUUUAAUCAUUUUUUGCAAGAUUUGGAAACUCCUGUUUUUUUCACUUAUUUUCCUGUGACUUUCCCCUUUCUUAUACAAUGCAAGUGUAUUAUUUUGUGUCUCAUCAGAAAUAACUCCUGAAAAAUGAACAACUUAUUCUGAAAGGCCUUUUUAACUGGAAAUGACAUAAACAAAGGGUGGUCUAUGACUUUUGCACAGUACUGUAUACUUUUAAAUGCAUGCUCACCUAUCUCGUCUUUUAUGUAUUGUUAUGGGAAAAUGAAAAGUCAGCAUGAAAUUAUUGAAUAUUGUCGCUGUUGUAACAAAACCUCUUAUCUCAAAUGGUACCUCUACAGGAGAAGGAAUAGUGUUCUUUACUUGAAUGUACUAUAACGUCAAAAUUUGAAUUGGACCAUUUCUGUUGGUCCGUUUAUCAUGAAAUGUCCAUACAAUGUAAAGGACAACGGAUGUAUUAAAAUGAUUUUUGAGUUUUGAUAUGACUGCGACGAUAUACUGAAUGUUUCUUAAGAUUGUAGGGUAGUUUCGCAUGGUGAAUAUAAGACAAAAAACACAAAAACAAAGUCUAAUAAAUAUUCAAGGCUCUCCUUGUAUUGCAUAUUGCAGACGUCUCAGAGAUUCUCCAGAGAGAUCUACCUCUAUGAUUUGAAAGCAGUGGCACUGUGCUUGUGGGGAGUUGGACGUAUCCUAAGUUUCAUCAGCUUCUUCUUGUCAUCUUGUCCUAAAACAACCCCACUCCGACUCCUGGCACAUCUGAAGCCUUUUGGAGCGAGAUACACGUCUUCUAAAACAUGAAUCCUCAAAUCCCACUUAUAGUUUAGCACUUUAUUCUUCUGUUAUGUCUGCUGGCAAUCUCUCUGCUCGAUUGCUCCUCGUCUGAGGUUUGAGUGAUGUAUGUUGUGCUUUGGCUCAUGGUGAGCACAAUGUCCUGGGACUAACUCACUGUGUAUUUGUGUUUAAAAUCUGAGCAGUGCGAGUUUGAAGAGGUAAUUUGGCCAAAAAUGCAAAUGUGCCUAACAGUGAAUAGAAGUUGGCAGGGCAUGAAAACCACCAGCUAGCUAGCUGUUGGCGUUGAUGCCCUGCUGCUCACUUCCAUUUUUGUUUGCCAUUGUAUUUGGCAGUACUGUCCCUUAAGGAUCCUAACUGCUUAUCACAUUGGCGACCAAAGCAUAUGAAGCUGCUGGCAUUGUCAGGAGUGAAUGAACGGACUGUACACUCCAAUUUGCUGAGAAAUUGUGGAUGCUGUUUUCUUUUUUUCCUGAUGACUGCCUUUUUAAAGGAAUGCUCCAUUUUUCAGCAUAAGCUCCAUCUGCUGCAUCUGUAGCAUAAAGUCGAUUACCGCAAGAAUAUUUCCCUGAUUUAAAACAAACUUCAAAUAGAAGUAAAUGGGCACGUGGUGAAGCAUGAAAUAAUAAAAAAAAAAUGUGUUUUGAGUCACAUUUUUUCUGUUCUUUUACUAAGUACAGGCAAACAUGUCAGUGAUAAUGUCUGUGGUAAUUGACUGUAUUCUAUAGAUUUGGCAGAUAGAGAUUAGACUGAAAAACGUUGGUGUAUUCCUCUAAGCUUCAUUGAGCCACUGUUGAUAAAUCAUGUAUAAAUGUAGGGGUUCUGCAAACUAGACUUUAUAGUGAUUAGCCUGCAGGCCAAUCUCUGCGUCUUCAGGUGAAUAUGGAGAUGAACAUUCUCAUAUGAAGGAUAUGCACGUUUUCCCUCUUUUCAGUUUGUUAUUUGGACCCACCUAAUCCCUGGACUUCAACAGUCAGGGAAGCUUUCACAGCCAAAGAUUGAGUCUAUUCUGGAACUAAGAUGGAUUUUCGAUUGAGAAUCACAAUCAACAAUGGGGAUUUAGUUAUUUUAGUCUGUGACGACGGCAAUGGCUCUCUAUUUUAACCCAGCUUUAACCCAAUGCCAGGUUUAAUCCACUGAAAACGUGGCAGGUUUAGAGGGCAGUCCAACCAAUUUUUAAACAUUUAUGUGUAGUUUAUUUGUUAAGAUGUAAAGUCUUUCAAAGUGGAUUGAUGUGAAAUGGUGCAUUUGUAGAGGAGUACUAUGGAUUUCUUUACAGUGGUGGUGAUGGGAACCAAGAGUCCCAGUGUCUCCAACACACACAUUGCCAUUUUAUUUCUAUUCAGAUAACCUGUGAAUCUACACAUGUCUUCUGAGUUUUAUAUGUAAUGCUCAUAAAGGUAAAAUAGUGGAAAAUCUGAAAUGUUAUGUUCUCUUCAGGGAACAUUUUGCCUUACGACACCCUGCUUGUACCUCUGCACCAUGAAUAGAUUUUAAAAAAUUGUUUCAGAUAAAAACCUUAUAUUAGUACUGUCAUAAAACAAUGUUUCAGCCAUCAGGCUGCUUAUUCAUAACCAUUUUGUCUAAUAACAGCCUGUGCUCGAGCUUUUAGAGGCAUUAAACUCCAUGUACGUCUGGUUCCUAUCACCUCCAUUGUGAACGAUUCUGACUCAGUAAGUUUCUCCUUAACACAUUUCACAUCAAACCACUCUGAAUGACUCUGGGUCAGAUCUUAACAAUUUAAUUGUGCAGAAAAUCUGAAAAAACGGUUGGGUUUCCCUUUAUACAUACAGAGUGAUUGUGCUUUGGGAGAGCAUUGUUUAUGCACUGCAAUACUCUAACAGUGUAAAUAGUGCAAAUUGGAGUUUUUGUUUCAUUUCAUAGUCAUAUAUUUAUCAGAGUUUUGGGAUAUGGGUAACUGACAUCUGUUAACAGUUCUUUGUUCAACAUUAUGGACAUUUCUUUUUUUUUUUGUUAGCCAUGAAUAAAAAUGCCUUUUUAACAAUGCAG